AUGUCGCAGAACCGGCCGUCGGCGUUCUCGACGCUUCGCAUGGGAGAAGUCAUUCGGGAGAAGGUGCAGGAUGGAUUGACCGGCGAAACCAGAGAUCUGGCGUAUACCCAGUGCAAGAUUGUGGGGAAUGGGUCGUUUGGCGUGGUGUUUCAGACCAAGUUGUCACCAAGUGGGGAGGAUGCUGCCAUCAAACGAGUACUGCAAGACAAGCGAUUCAAGAAUCGGGAGCUGCAAAUCAUGCGCAUUGUCCGUCAUCCAAACAUCGUCGAGUUGAAAGCCUUCUACUACAGCAAUGGGGAACGGAAAGAUGAAGUCUACCUGAACCUCAUCCUCGAAUUCGUCCCCGAAACCGUCUACCGAGCAUCGCGAUGGUUCAACAAGAUGAAGACGGUCAUGCCGAUCCUCGAGGUCAAACUUUACAUCUACCAGCUCUUCCGCGCGCUCGCAUACAUCCACUCCCAAGGCAUCUGCCACAGGGACAUCAAACCCCAAAAUCUGCUGCUCGACCCGGCCACCGGCAUCUUAAAACUUUGCGACUUUGGCAGCGCGAAGAUCCUGGUGGAGAAUGAGCCGAACGUUUCCUACAUCUGUUCAAGGUACUACCGAGCGCCGGAGUUGAUAUUCGGAGCGACCAAUUACACCACCAAGAUUGAUGUCUGGUCCACCGGCUGCGUCAUGGCGGAAUUGAUGCUUGGCCAACCGCUCUUCCCAGGCGAGUCCGGAAUCGACCAGCUCGUGGAGAUCAUCAAAGUGCUCGGAACCCCCACCCGGGAUCAGAUCCGUACGAUGAACCCCAACUACAUGGAACACAAGUUCCCGCAAAUCAAACCGCAUCCGUUCAGCAAGGUAUUCAAGCCCGCAUCCCGUCGCCGUGCCCCAUCGGGAAGACCCGCCUCUGACAUCGCCCAGGUCUUCCGCAAAGCCGAUGCCGACGCCAUCGAUCUGAUCUCCAAGUUGCUCGAAUACACUCCUACGCAAAGAUUGUCGGCCAUCGACGCCAUGGUGCAUCCGUUCUUCGACCAGCUGCGGGAUCCCAGCACCAAGCUCCCGGAUUCCCGUCACACCAACGGCGCCGCUCGGGAACUGCCCGUGCUGUUCGAUUUCUCCCAUCACGAACUCUCCAUCGCCCCUCCACUCAACCAACAACUCGUUCCACAGCACAUCCGCCCGACCCUGCGCGCCAAGGGCCUGGACAUCGAUGCGCCCAAUUUCCGACCCCUCACCAAAGAGGACAUGGCGGCCCGGCUGGAUUAA